CUGCAAACCAGUAACUUCCCUCUACCCGUUCAUCCCGGAAGGCCGAAACCCUAGCCUGUAUAAGUACCAAUUUCCGAACCUCCGGUUGAAACUCCUCCUUCACAUACGAAACUCUCUCGAUUCAGUUUGCUCACAACUCACAAGUCACAACCCACCAUUCCCACGUCGAUUCAGUUGGCGGAUGGCCGCAUCGGCGAAGGCUCCGUUUUACGUAAGUUGGUACAGGGCUUUCUUGCCCGCCGAUAAUUGCAGGAAGGAAGUUCUCUACUACCUGAAACGCAGUGACGGACUAUCAGAUCUUGCAGUUGUCGGAUCCGGAAAAGGAACCGGGCAUAUGUCGUAUAACUACGCAAUAAAGGACGUGUCUUUGAUAUCGGCGUCGUGUCCUCUGGCUGUUCCAAAGCUCCGGAAACGAAGAGAAGUCGUCGAUUGGCUUAAUUCUAUCGUUUCAGGUGCAUUUUUGUAUACAUCUAUGAGUUGAAUUAUGUCAUAGCCUCUAUGUAUGUGCCUCUUUAGCUUUGGUCUAAUCAAUUUAGGCCAAGCUUUUCUUUUUUCUUUAUGGCGGUGGGUUUUUCUGAAACUCCCCACAUCAAUUGUGAAUUCCAGUUGAUUGGGAGAACAUUUUCCGGAUCUUGUCAAUUUGUUUUCGUGUAGUGAAUUGGAGACUUUAUCAUCUAACGCUCUCUCACUGUAAUUGUAUUUUGGGCGUGAUUGAAAACAUUCCUUCAUGUUCGAAGCUUCGUAGAAGAGCGUUUUCAAUUUCCACACUGGGAUGUGUAUAGGCAGUGAAUCCACAUAAUUAAUAUAUUUUUGUUUUUGAGUUUUUUAAGCUUUUGUGGAUAAUCUUUUUAAGUUUCAUGCCCCAGGCUUUGAUCUCUUUAAUAUUACUCCGUAAUUUAUUUAGCCUGCAGAACAGAGUCAAUCCCAAUUUACUUGUCUACAAGACUGCAAGCAACUUUUAUUUAGACAGCCCAUAUUUUGACUUUUAUUAAUAUAAUAAUGUUUCUAGGAUACAAACAGUUUUAUUCUAAAUCCACUUAUUUACAGGCAUUUUAGUUUUGAAAAUUUUGUUUUCUUUUUUCAUCUGUAUAUAGCAAAUCUGGAUAUUGAUAAGUUUUCUUGUAGAUUCUGUCAUUCUGUGCAAUCAUACCUCAUCAGGAAUUCCUUAUGUAUAUAGCAAAAUGUUAAACUGAGGAAUACGCAUCAUGAUCAUUGCAAUCUUCACUUGAAGAUAUACAUAGUAUGUUAUAUAGCGGUUGUAAGGAAGGAACAUUUCUUCUACGUAUGAACACUUAAUUGCUCUUUAUUAGUUAAUAUCAAGCUUGACGACCUCAAAACCCGUGAUCAUUGUGCGACAGAUUUUUUAAUCGUGGUAUUGAAAUUUUGUCUCGUGUCUAAGCCAGUGUGGGGUUCGCAGAUGAUAAUCUCACCCGAAUGGUCUGGGCUGCAGGAACUCAAAAACUUGCUUGAGAGCUUCAAGAUUCUUAUGCCCUCAAUCUAGGUCAAGUUCUAUGAUGACUUCCUAUGGGCACAAAGUUACAUUUAUUGAAGCAUUAUUUUCUUUCCAUUCUCUACAUUACUUGACUAAUCCCUUUUUAGGUUAAAUUCUGUUCUUGUUAUGUGCAUUCAGAGAAUAUUGUUCUAUGUUUUGUUUUUUUAAACUGAUUUUCUGAUUAACCUGUAAUCUUUAAGGGUUUCCAAUUCUGAAUCUACUUGAAAUAAUGCCUACUUUCAGAUAUGCGUCAUCCUCAAGAUAGCAGAGCAGAAUGUGGAACCAGCAAAAAUAUAGCUGCAGGCUUGAAUGCCUUGAAUACACUGGAGGAUGUUGAGUUGCAGAGAUCUGGACUGCCUGUUAAAACAUUUACUUGGAUAGGGUCUCCACGGGCUGUUAAGAAGAACCGUUCUCACUAUAUAUCAUUUUGCAGGAAUGGUGUUAGAAUUUCUGUUCAUGACUUUGUUUAUGUGUUAGCUGAAUUUGGCAAGCGGCUUGUUGCUUACCUGGAUGACAUGUAUGAAGACAGCAGAGGAAACAGAAUGGUUGUGGUACGCUGGUUUCACAAAAUUGAUGAAGUUGAUAUUCUUUUGCCUAAUAAUAACUAUAAUGACAGAGAGAUUUUAUUUUCUCUUUGUCUUCAAAACCUCAGUAUUGAGUGCGUAGAUGGACUGGCGACUGUCCUCAGUCCUCAGCAUUAUCAGAGUUUGGUUAAAUUACCAAACCACACACAUCCUGGACCAUUUGUUUGCCAUAGGCUGUUGGAUAAUGAUGAGCUCAAAUCCUUUGACAUAACCAGCAUUAAAGGCUACUGGAGACAAGAGCUUUUAAAACAUAUGUCUUUCUCAUCACCCAAAAAAAUGCACUCGGAGGAAUUUAGCAGUGGCAUUGUUGGAAACAGGCCUUACAAAAGGCUACGCAUUUCAAAGGACUCUGUACUAAAGAAGUGGGCGGCUAAGUCUCCCCAAAAGCAAUGUGAUGGUAGUUCUCUAGCACCAAUGGAAAUAAACACUUCCAAUGAAGCUUGUUUAGAUGUCAUGUUACCCAGGAAAGAUACAGUCAGAGAGGAGCCACUCUUGAAAUUUGACAUUGGUUCCCAAGUUGAAAUAAUGUCUCAAGAUAGUGGCCUUAGAGGGUGUUGGUUCAGAGGCGUAGUGAUUAAGAAGCACAAGGACAAGGUGAAAGUGCAGUAUAAAGAUGUCAAAGAUGCUGAAGAUGAAGCUAAGAAUCUUGAGGAGUGGGUUUUGUCAACAAAGUUAGCCGCACCAGAUAAAUUUGGUCUCCGGAUUAAUGGGCGAACUAUACUUAGACCUUCUCCUUUACCCCGUAAGGGCAGAGUUUCAUGGGCAUUUAAUGUUGGUGCAUCUGUUGAUGCAUGGUGGAAUGAAGGGUGGUGGGAGGGCAUUGUUGUCCAGAAAGAAUGUGAAGACCGGUUGCAUAUAUAUUUCCCAGGGGAGAAACAAACACAGAUCUUUAGCCACACUAACUUGAGGCAUUCACAAGAAUGGUUGGUCGAUGGUUGGAAGCAUCUAAAGGAAAAUCCCGAUCUAAUCCCUGUGUUGUGUGGUGGUGGGCAAACAGUGACGGAGGCAGUAAAGGAGUCAUUUGAUGAAGUCACAUGCACAGAUGUUGAUCCCUCAGGUUGUUGUGCUCCCGACAGACACGAGAAACCACCUAAAGUCAACAUUGUGUUUGCUAAACAAUAUAAUUUGGAUGGGUUAGGAGGGGCUAGUGAUCUAUCUAAAGAUAAACGACUUGGUCAGUUGCAGUGGAAGUCAUUUAGGAAGAGAAGGUUAUCCCGAAGCCCUCCUAACAAGGCACAUUUUGGCUUCGACAAAAAUCAGAAUGUCAACUUGGAAUCCAACAGCUUCUUUUCCUCAUCAGUGAAGGCAGACCCUGGAAAUUGUAAAUAUAUGACCGACUCCCUCUUCAAUUCAUCUGUUGUCUCUCCAUUGAACAGCCUUGUUAUGUCUCGGUGAGGGAGAUCUUAUAAUUUUGAGGCAGUUCCCUGGGUGGUUAGCUAGCUUCUUCUCUGGUGAGAGAUUUUUGUUGUGGAAAUGUAUAUAGUGAAGAAGCUUAUAAGGCAGGGGUAUUUAAGAAGUCCAUUUAGGAAUUUGGUUAGACAGUAGGUAACACUCUGGUGUGUAUAAAUUGUCCAGCGCCAUUUAUAACAUUAGGAAGCAAUUUUGAUGAUUCAGAAAGUCAGGCCCCCCCUCUCAUAGUCUCAUGUCCAGCUCUACAUGUUCUGAUGUUCAUAGAGUUCACAGGCCCCUAUACUAAAAAAGUAAACAUGUAGGCGCAUGCAUUGAAAAACACCAAUCAAGUCAUUAACUGAUUAUUACAGUUGAACAGAUGAUCAGAUGACUUCUUGAACUUAAAAAUUU